ACCUCCCAUUGGCCGCGCCGCGGGGCGGAGAGGCCGCGACCCUUUCCGCCGGCCUGGGCCUGGCGCUCAAUUUAAACACUUAACCUAAGCCACUGGCGGGCUCCGGAAUCGAAACAAAAAGAAAGCCCGAAAUUCUCCCCGCGGGCCGCCCUCCGGGCCCGCCCUCUGCACGCUGCGCUCCUCGGUAAAGUCCCUUCUCCCGCCAUUUGCCGCGGGGCUCUGGCCGGGCCCGCGCUCCGCGUGCAGAGGCCUGCGGCCACCCGGAGCGCUCGGCGGGCACGGCGGGCAGCAUGGACCGCAGAGACGGGGCUUGCGGCCGGCAACAUGUGUUCCUGGUCCCAGAAUAUUUAAAAGAUGCUUCAAAGAAGAUGAAAAAUGGGCUUAUGUUUGUGAAAUUGGUUAACCCGUGUUCAGGGGAAGGAGCCAUUUACUUGUUCAAUAUGUGUCUACCGCAGCUGUUUGAAAUAAAAGUUUUCAAGGAAAAACACCAUUCUUGGUUUAUAAAUGAGUCCGUUCAAUCAGGCGGUCUCCUCCACUUUGCCACCCCCAUGGACCCUCUGUUUCUGCUCCUCCACUACCUUAUGAAGGCUGGGAAAGAGGGAAAGUUUCAGCCCAUAGAUCAAGUUGUGAUGGAUGAUGUGUUUCCAAAUUGCAUCUUGUUGCUGAAACUUCCUGAACUUGAGAAGUUACUUCGACACGUGACAGAGGAAAAAGAAAUAGACAAGAAGAAAUAUUACAAGUACAGCAAAGAGAAGACAUUAAAAUGGCUGGAAAAAAAGGUCCAUCAGACUGUAGCAGCUUUGAAAACCAAUAACGUAAAUGUCGGUGCCCGGGUACAGUCCACUGCGUUUUUCUUUGGUGACCAGGCUUCCACUGACAAGGAAGAGGAUUAUAUUCGUUAUGCCCAUGGUCUGAUAUCUGAUUACAUACCUAAAGAAUUAAGUGACGACUUAUCCAAGUAUUUGAAGCUUCCAGCACCUCCAGCGUCAGUGCCAAACCCUCCAUCAAAGGUGGCAGCACAAAGACAGCAAAAGAACAAGUGACAGCAGGUGCACGCGAGGCUUGGCUACUUCUCGUGUAAUUUAAGUCACUCCCAAAGGGCUACAACUUUUUCUGCUGCACUUUCUAGACAACCAUCAAAUGCCAAAAGAGGUAUCUUAAAGGACUAACCAGGAAUGCUUUCUCUCUGUGAUCAAGACCACCCAUCCCUUCUCACAGUGGCACCUCCCCGGAGGCGACUCUGUCCUGUACCUAGGAAGCUCCCCAGGUGGGAGCCUCCCCCGAGGAUGUCAAGCCAGCCACCCCUCUGCCCCAGCCAGGGCUUGGUAGAUGCAAACUGCUCCAUUUGGAGUGGGUGCAGUGAGCUCCUGCUGUGUAUAGCACGGGGAACUCUAUCCCGUCUCUUGGGCUAGACCAUGGUGGAAGAUAACGAGAACAAGAAGGCAUAGAUACGUGUGCAUGACUGGGUCACUGUGCUGCACAGCGGAAACUGGCACAACACUGUAAACCAACUAUAACUUCUCAAAAUCUUUUGUAAAAAGUGUGGAUUGUCACAGUCUGAUGCUUCAGACUUCAAAACAUGGGGCGGAGAAGGCUCAUGGGGAAAUUCGGGUCAUUUCUUAAGCCUGACCCUGUGGGCUGCUCUGCUUUCCUGGGGUCAGGAGAGCACUUUUAGGGUUGCCCGUGGUAACUGUAAAUACUUGACUCCACACCAAAAGCUCUGACAGUCCAAGUUUCUACCUUCGUUUAAAAAAAAAAAAAAAAAAAAGAGCCUGACCUUUCUUUACUCCUUAUCAAUUUGGCAACUUCUGGUUCAUAACAACACCUAAACAUGUGUGUUUUAUGAUCUGCUGGCGUUGUAAACAUGGCUUCAUUUUUAAAA